AUGGCCGAACAAGAACAGCCACCAGGCCCGCAAAUCUACAUGUCCCAAGGGGACAAGUUCUCUAGCCUGACCGUCCUGAAGAAGUCCAUUGACAAGAGCGUGAGACGUGUAGCUGAACAUCGUGAACGCGACGAAUUAGUCGUAGAACUCGCUCAGUCAGAAGUCGAGGCUAUGGAAGAAGGCGAAGAACGAAAGCACGAGGUGGAGAAGCUCGAGUUUAAGAAGAAAAAGAGAAUGUUUGAGUCGUUGGUGGAUGCUGCCAUGCAUGACGGCUUACAGAAGUUGACCGGUGCGGUCGAGGAACUUGUGCGGAAUCAUGUGCCGAAUGAGGCCGAUGCUCACCGAUCGUAG